AUGUCAGCGUAUUACUCUAAUGAAGAAACGUCAGAUGCUCAUUUUAUGCGCGGUCGUGCUAAUGGAAGUGCUUUAGCUGCACUUCUUUACAUGGAAAAGUUUCCUAAUCGAAGAGAAGGCGAGAGGGGAUACUUGGAGGGGCUCGCUUCAAGGUAUGCAGACCUCUUCAGAACGCAUUACGGAGACGUCCUGGAGCCGCUCGAGGAGCUACGUCGCCGUGAAACAAAUGCUUCCCCCAGAAUGCCCAACACUCAACUCACCACCAGUCAUUCACAGCCCAUUUACGUGCCCGGAAAAUACUCGCCCUCGAGUUGUCUCAGCGACAAGGAAGAGGACGAAAUCUAUGGUUUUGGAUACGGAGUCUUCAGCAGACAGAUGCUGCAACAACGACAGCAAAAACUCGCUCUCGCCGCACAGAACACUACAACUGCCCUUACCCCGGGCACACACCAACAACCAUAUCAAAGCUGUCUGAGUCCAAGAUCAGCGUAUUUCUACGAAUUCCCGCCCAAUGAGCAAGGACAGAACACAAACAAGAAAAAGACAACAUUUUCGAGACUACUUCGAGGACUAAAGACGCACAGGAAAGAGAAACAAGCACAAACUCAAGGUUCCCCGAGGCAUGGUCGUGCAAGGAUGGGUGUACCUCAAAGAGUGGAUACACCGGACAGUGUACUACAAAGUGGAUUGGGACUAGGACCAGACAUGGGACACACGAUUCUACGUUCCAUGGUGGAUCCACGGGAUUACGACCGAUUACGGUACCUUCAGAUGAACGGUGGACAACCAAACAGUUUCGAGGAAACUAUACACAGGCUGAAAGUUCAAGAGGCACUGAGGAAGAAGGAGCGAUUUCAUAAAGAACACGAGGAGAUACUAAGGGACAUCCGGCAAGGUUUAAUGCAACUCGGACGGGACGGGCGAGGUCACCUCCCUGGAGAUGACACGUACAUGUACGACGAAGACGCACGUUGCGGAGGAGGCAUAGGUCCAGGUCCUGGAGGUCAACAUUGGUAUGACGAGCCUCCGUAUGAAUCAGACCCUGAAGAUUUCCUUAUGGGAGCGAGUGGUGGCCCAGUGCCAACUGCGACUAUUCAAAAUGGAAGAGUAUGUUUCACGUUAAAUCUGCGGCCAGAAAACAGAGGGGAAGGUAUUAUUUCGCUGCGAACAGCCGGGGACAUCAGCCUUCCGCGUGAUCGAUCCAGAAAAGGAGCUACCUCGACGAUGCGAGGACUUAUUGUACCUCAAGGUCACAAUAAUCCACCGACUAUCAUACCGCUUACACAUUCUAGAGCCUCUCGAGAAAGCGGGGAUUACGCGAGCAGUGAUGUCCAGAGCCGGAGUAGCGGCGAGGAAGGACUAUCACCAAGCCAGAGCAGCGACUACGAGGAUCAAGAAGAGCUCGAGAAGCAACACUCGGCCGCCGUACACACAUCGGAAGCUAGCGCUCUACUCGAGGGCGAAAAUAGGGCAGGAAUUGCAGGCAGGGCAAGAAACUUAAGGCAUGAUGUGCAACGGAAGAUUUCGAGGCUGCGCCAGGACCGCACAUCCUCAGAUGCGUUUCCAUGUAGCGCCAGCAGCGUCGAGAGCCUUCCUAGCGGCAGUGGCUCCAGCACGCAAGCACUUGUGCGUGCAGGAAGCAAUCACAGUUCGAUAUCUUGCGAAGAUAGGGAUGCUGUCAGUCCGAGCGCCAUAGGACCCGUGUUGUGCAGGGCUAGAGCCCUGGUCGACUAUACGCCCAGCCCUUACGACAAGGAGGCGUUGAAAUUCAAGAAGGGAGACAUCAUCGACGUGGUGCAAAUGAACAAAAGCGGUCUGUGGAAGGGUGUCUUGCACAACAGGAUAGGCCACUUCAAGUUCAUAAACGUCGAGAUACUGAACGACAGAGUUCCAAGGCGUGGUGAACCCGAAGGGCGGGGAAAGUGGGGCCAGAGAUACAGGCAGAAGCCUGGUUCCGUUCAAGAGCUCUUGCAGAGAAUGAAUCUUCAGGAACACAUUCCUGUUUUCGUAUUGAACGGAUACGAGGAUCUGGAACUCUUCAGGGAAAUAGAGCCCUCGGAUCUUGAUUAUCUGUGUAUACAUCAGCCGGAACAUCGUGCUAAGAUACUUACUGCUGUGCAGCUGCUACAUGAUCUGCAAUCCGGAAGCGAAGGGGACUUAGCCUCAAGCUCAGAGGGGGACGAGGUAAAUCGCCUGGUGCUAACAUCAGGCCAGACGUCCGGCCAUUGUUCACCGUUUAAUCGUCGCCAGUUCCCUCGGGAUUCUGGAUGCUACGAUGCUCACAAGAACCUGACUGGCCGGCGUACCGUGAGCCCGGAAUCCUCGACGACCACCAAAGUGUCCAGGGAGAACAAUCUCGACGUGGCAGUGCCCACGAAGAGCGUCACCGGUCCGAACCCCGACGGCACCCAGGGAUCCGACAGCAAGGACGACUUCCACCCUAACAUCCCCAUCAGUUACAACGUCACCGGUCAGAAGGAAGGUCAGUUCGAUAAAUCGCCGUUGCUGCGCGGCGGCAAUGUCCGAUUCAUCGCGAAGCGAGGCAACUUCGGGGAGACGGUGGUGAUCGAGGACACCUGUGAAAGUGGACAGAAGGUCGGCGGUAUGGUGAAAUACGUGGUCGGAAGCAACGACCUUGGCCUCGAAAGUGGCGGCAACGUGACCGGUCUGGGUCAAAGAAGUUGUCUCAGCGAGAAGUCCAGCGAUUCCGGGGUCAGCUCGUCGAGCAUCAGCUCGGCUCCGCCCCUCCGGGACAAAGUGCUAGCUAACGUCGCCACCGAUUCGCCCGCCAAAAGCUUCGGGAACUUCACCAAGGCGUCGCCGACAUCUCAGCCAGCCAAUAAGAGCCAGACCAGCGAUCCUAGUUACCAGUGAAAAAAACGGUACCGGUGAUGUGCUUAAAGAAAUGUGCGACCUUCACCUUCUUUCCCUUUGCGUUCUACUUCGUCGUAAGUAUCUUGCGUUUGGUUUUCAGUACGGGAUGUUAGGUUAGGUUCAGCUAGACGUUCGUACCAGGACAAUGAUCGAAAUCCUUUGCGGCAUUGGAGGAGGUUGAAAGCAAUAAAUACACGGCCGUGAGUGGUUGAAUUUGACGAUGAAGUAUAUUUAUAGAGGAACGAAUAUUUUGACUGAUGAGGGGACUGGGUGUUCGCCUAUUCUUUUGAGAUUUUGUGAGAUUAUGGAGAAAAGAAAUUGUUGCAGAGGUACCUUGAUGAAAUCCAUUGGUUGGGUCAUACCUUGAUAACAAAACUUGCAACAGGUUACUACAUGUUGUGUAAUAUACAAAGCAUACUUUACAACUUCGAAACUUUCAUAGAAAACUUUGGAAAGUUUUCUCAAAAUUUUGUCAAGAUAAAAAUUGGUUUCAAACUUUUAUUUUCAAGAUGCAAAGAUACAUUUCAUAUCAUAACAUGGCUGACAACACUUACUCUUAAAUCGAAUAUGUUAAAAGAUGAUCGAAGAUGAAUGAUAUACAGAGUGUCUCACAAUUAGUGGUCCCUGAAAUGGGGGGUAGCUGAUGUGAUUCUGAAUAAAAUUUCC